AUGGCUCCAGCCAAAAAGUCAGGCCAAUCGGCAAAAGAAAAAUUAGAACGGCAGGGAGAAAAGGCCAGAGAGAGGCAAAGAAAGAGACGAGCCAAAUUGACCGAAGAUGAACUGGAAAAAAAGAAACAAUAUGACAGAGACAGAUAUAAAAAAGAAAAAGAGGAAAAGAAGAAGAAGUCAGUGAAAGAUAUGUCAGCAAGAGAGCAAAGGAAGAUUCGAAAGAUGUGGAGAGAACAAUAUAAAAAGAAGAAAGAAAAAAAUGCUGCACUGGCCCAAGCCUUGAACAACACGCCACCAGAUUCGCCAGGCAUAGAUGAACCAGCUGAGAUUCAGGCAAAUGAAUCCAGCCAAAAGAAAAGGGGAAGGAAGGCUGUAACGAAAGACAUAAGUGCUGCUUAUAGAGAAAUAAAAAAACAGCAGAAGAAAAUAGAAGAUCUUGAGCGAAGACUGAAAAAUUAUAAAAAAACUACUAGAAAGACAAAAAUAGAAGUCAGUAACACAAACUUCAUCUCCAUCACCAAGAAAAAAGGUUGCAAACCUUGUUGGAAAGACAUUUGUCUCGCCUGA